AUGGACCCCAUUCCCAAAAAUUUAUCAUUUGAAAUUGGGCAUGGAAAUUCCUUGCAGAAUGAUGACAAAUCUCAGCUUCAGUCCAACUUGAUAAUAGACUGCACUACUCUGACUCUCUGUUUACGACCAUCACAAAAGAUGUCUGACCUGUGUUGCCGACCCAGCCCGUGUUAUCCUGACAUCUGCCCAGAUCCAUGUGUGGUUGCCCGCAAUGAGCCUUGUAUCACCUCUUGUGGAGAUUCGACAGCAGUGGUCUAUCCACCACCGGUUUCGGUGCUGUUUCCAGGACCAACUCUCUCUACUUCCCCUCAACACACCAUAGUGGGAAGCACCUUACCAGCUCUGCCCUAUGGAGCCGGGGGCUCAUUUGCGGGUGGUGUUUUGGGUGGCUCAACUGGUUAUGGUGGUGGAUACGGGGGAGGCUACGGGGGUCGUUUAGGAGGCUCAUAUGGCUAUGGGGGCUUAAGCGGUUAUGGAGGUUCAUAUGGUUAUGGGGGCUUAUGUAGUUAUGGUGGUGGAUACGGGGGUGGCUAUGGGGGCCAUUUAGGAGGCUUAUAUGGCUAUGGGGGCUUAUGUGGUUAUGGUGGUGGAUACGGGGGUGGCUAUGGGGGCUUAUGCGGGUAUGGGAAGAGAUAUGGUAGGAGUUAUUCUUCCCGCCUUGGAAGCUGUGGCCCAUGUUAA